AUGACGACUAUCUUCGAGCUGAAAGCUGAGGGUACCGGAGGCCCCUUACAGGUUAGAAUACUACGGAAAUGGAAACACGAUAUCUGGCAAUACGAAACCUGGUACCUGGCUGUCGACAAAUAUGCAGAUGCAAUUCAAAUUCUUGGACAGCGAACAAACCAGAACUACAUUGAAUCUGUUUUCAAUGUUUCAGAAUGUUACAUUAUAUCAGAUUAUAGCUGUCCUCAAUUAGAAAAGUAUCAAAAGGUUCUCGAAAAUGACUUCUAUAUUGAUGUUGGAGCAUUAAGACACGGAUCAUCACAUGCUACACAUAUCUAUGUCAACCCUAAUAUACCCGAGAUAACAUUACUCAUAGAUCUAUUCACAGGACCCUCAAGGACAAUACCUGCGUUAUCAAGAACUCCCACAACCUUAUACGAAAUGAAACUGAAAAACAGAUCUGAUCUACUGGACAAAACUUUCAUAGUAGAGGCUUCAAUCAAGAAAUUUCACUUCCAAAACACUUGGUACCAAACAACAUGUCCAAUCUGCAAAGAUCCGAUUUUCAGAAGAGGCCACCAGUGGUAUUGCAGUGCACAUGGACUAAUUGAAAAGCCAACCUACAUAUACAAACUUACUGUUACCAUCACCGACAAAAUGGACACCAUACUUGCAAUAGUCUCCGAAACAUCAUGUCGGAAGCUGUUAAAAUCAUCGCUUGAAAAGUUCAUAUCCGAUAACCCGCUGACAAACAGGAACAUCUUGUCUUCAAUCAUCACCAAUCAAAAAGAACAAAAAAAAACCAUGUGUAUCCAAAUGUUGAGGACAUAA